AUGAUUGCGAAGAGCGGUCGCGAGGCUGGGCCCAGUCCAGUCAGAAAGGUGCAAGCGGCCGCUGUGGGCAGCGGGCGUCCUCAGGCGAGCCUCAGAGCGAAGAGCCUCAGCCGCAGCCCGACGAUUCCCCGGGCGGCAGGGGGUGCGACGGGCAGCCAGUCGAGAGAGGUGCGGCUGAACGAGGGCGCCCCCCAGAUCCCCACGUUCGAGGAACUGAGGGCAGCGAACGCCCGAGGGCCCCAGGAGACGAAGAGUGCGUACAAGGCGCGGCUGAUGACCAUCUUGCAGCGCGCCAAGCAGAGCUCACUCCUAGCGACGGAGGCCCUCAUCAAGAGCGGAGCACCGCUACGUGACCAGGGGGCUCUCGUAGUCAGGGGCUGCCAGGAGGCCAUCGAGUGGGCCAUCAUCGCUGGGCUCAACUUUGAAGCAGUGGGGCGCGCAGCAGGCGAGCCUCGGGCCUGGCCUCAGAUCGCAUCUCAGGCGCAGCAGGUGGCGCUUGCCAAUAUCAGCUGCGCGGCCGCCUACUUCGCGAAGGACGCGCUGGAGCCGCUGAGCGACUUGGACAUCGACAAGCUGAUCAAGUUGAAGGGGAUCGGCUACAGCGGACAGGAGGUUGAGCGCGGAGGGCCACUGGUGAUGGGCGAGCUUCUACCAGGGCUGCCCGAGCCAGGAUUGGCAGGUUCCGUGCAGGCUAUGGAUCUCGCGGCUCCGCAUGUGCAGAAGUGGUUGUUGGACCCCACGCUGCUCCUCAAGCCUCAGGAUGAAUGGCCAGAGGAGAUCCCGAAAGCCAGCGUGCAAGUGGCUAGCGACGACGAGUGGUACGCCGUGUGCAAGCACUUGGUUGACGCUGGCAUCUUCGAGCCUGUCGAGGACCGGGAGAUCUUCCAGGUCGGGGGGAAGCAGGUCCUCGCGGGGGCCUUUGCAGUUGCGAAGUCGGGGACCCCAACGCCGCCCUUCACGAGGGUCACCAGGCUCAUCAUCAACAUGGUGCCGCAGAAUGCCUACCAGCGGAUUGCUGCUGAGACCGACCUGGACACACUGACCCCCAGCUCGACGUGGGCGUCCAUCGUCGUGCCUGAUGGCCAAGCCUUGUUGUGGUCGUCAGACGACCAGUCGGGGGCGUUUCAUCUGUACGCUCUACCGAAGGCCUGGCGGGCGUACAUGGCGUUGCGCAAACCGGUGCCUGGGACGCUGGUGGGGCGGCCGCAGCUCAAGUGGGUCAAGAUGGCGGUCGCCGUGAUCCCGAUGGGCUGGCUGUCUGCUGUGAGCUUGUUCCAGCAUUUGCAUCGGCGGCUAGGCAUCGGUGAUGGGCCUCACAGCGCGGGGUUUGAGGAGAAGGUAGAGUGGCGGCGUGACCGCCCACUGCAGCUGGUGCCUCAGGCCAAAGCCCAGGCGUGGGUACAGUACUACCUCGACGAUUUCGACUCCCCCGAGAUCGUGCCCGAGAGCGUCGCCACCCUCAUCGAGGGGACUAUCAGCGACUUUCAGGAGCGCCAGCGGAGGGCGUACUCCUCUGCCCGCGUCCCCUGGUCGGACAAGGAGGCGGUGUGUCGGCAGCGUCGCCUCGUCAGAAUGGGCGCCCUCGUGGACGGGGACGCCGGCCGCGUGGGGGUCACGAUUGACAACCUGAUGAGCGUCGGGCAGAUGAUCAUGUGGCUGCUUGAUGGCAAGGAGAAGGUGACCGCCAAGGCCUGCCUCAUGGUGCUUGGGCGUCUUGCCCGAGCGUUCGAGUUUCGCAGGCCGCUCUUUGCGACGCCCAAUGAGGUAUGGAUCAUCCCAGAGCUGAGGGCCGCCUCAGAGCAGGGGGGGGGCGCCCUGCAGCAGGUUGUUCGCCUGUCCGAGGGGGCGCGCUCCGAGCUGCUGGCCGCCCUGUGCUUGCUGCCGAUGGCGUUCACCAGCAUCCGCGCGACCUUAGACCCCGUCGUCCUCGCCACCGACGCCAGCGAGGAGGGCGGCGGGCUGUGCUACUCGACGGGGCCCACCAAGCAUGGGGCGGAGGUGGCGGGCGCUGACCCUGGUGAGGAGGGGCUCGCCUUCCUGCCACGGGGCGCUAUGUCAUCGGUAGUGCCGCCGGAGCUGCUACCUCGAGGGGUGCCCUUGCCGACAGUGGCGCUCUUCGACUUCUUUGGUGGAAUCGGCGCGGAGAUGGUGGCCUUGUCGCGGUGCCCCUGCAGGGUCGUCAUGUACGCUUCCUCGGAAAUGGACAAGGGGGCCAAGAGGUGCGUCAGGCAGCGAUGGCCAGGGGUGAUCGAGCUGGGGGCUGCGAGCUAUGCGAUUGCAGGAGGCGGCUCACCGCGUAUUGACGUGAGCGGGCUCAAUGCAGCUGGCAAGGGGAUCACGGGUGCGAAGAGCAAGUUGUUCUUCGAGCUGCCCAAGGCCUUCAGAAUCAUUGAGCGGAUCUUCGGCAAGCAGCGCACCAAGUGGUUCGUCGAGAACGUGGCGGGCAUGCCGCAGGACGACAUUGCGAUGGUCUCCGAGGUGCUUGGCGUCAAGCCGUACCGCAUCGAGGCCAUGGAUGUAGGGACGGUGCGUAGGCCGCGCCUGUAUUGGCUCUCCUGGCAGCUGCAAGCCCGCGUCGAUGUGAUUGAGAUCCAGGAGGCUGAGUUCUACCACAAGGUGAAGCUCCAUGUCGCUGCUGAGGCCGUCCCAGUCUGGGCUGAGGACGGCUGGAGCCUGCUUGAUCCUAGUCACGUGCUGCCGACCUUUGCUAAGCUGUACAAGAGGAGCUCUCCCCCAGCCCCGGUCGCAGGGAUCAAGACGGCCAGCGACAUCGCGAUCGAACGAUGGACAGCCUCCAGCUAUGUGACGCAGGUGUACAAUUUUGAGGAUCAGAACCUUCUCUGGAACGCGGCCAGGGACAAGUGGCGCAUCCCCACUGCUGAUGAGCGUGAGACGCUGAUGGGCUUUGAUCGAGGUUACACACGCGCUGCUGUGAAGGACUCUGUGCCUGGUGUUGAGGCGGAAAUCAUCAGGUCGUCGCUCAUCGGGAACUCGUUCUCCGUGCAGGUCGUGUCAUACUUGUUUGCGCAGCUCUUGGCUCGAGAGGCUGGCCGCGCGGCCCCCGACAUCGCGCCGCUGCUCCGCACGGGGGCGGCGCCGCCAUCGUGGGGCCAGGAACCCGAGUUUGGAGGCGCCGAGGUCAGCAUUCCUGACCUCGAAAGGCGGCCGGUGUUCAAGUGCCUGCGGAUCGCCAGCAGAGGAGGCGCAGACGUCAGACUGGACCUGCAGGCCCCCUUUCGCGCCAAGGCCUGGCCGCGCUCCGGGCUGCAGUCCAACCUGUGGACGUGGCCCAUUGGACACGGCUUCCCGUGGAAGCAGGAGGCGCACAUCAACGAGCUGGAGGCGGGCGCAGCUGUGAAUGCGGUCAAGUGGCGUGCCCGAACGACUGCUCGAUUCGGGACCCGCUACCUCCACCUCCUCGACUCGCAGGUGGCGGCCAGCGUGCUCGCCAAGGGGCGGUCCAGCGCCAGAAGGCUGUGGGGCUGGAUGCGGGCACACGCGUCGUGCCUCCUCGCCUGUGGCAGCUACCCGCUUUACGCGUAA